GUAGAACCGAUAUCCUUAAAAAUGGCGAAUUCCAUGCUAUUCAGACGAGGGUAUCUGCUUUACAAUCAAAAUUCCUCUUCUCUUUUCAAAGCCAUUAGUACUUUUCAGAGUCGAUUUUCAUCAGAUAAAAAGGGCGAAGGAAGUAAGGACAAAGCAGCCACAAUCAGAUCAAAAGCAAUUAAUAAAACAAAUGAUGUCUCACCCGAUCCUGUUCUGAACAACAAAGAAGUGAAAGGAGAAAGUUCAGUUUUAGCAGAGGACAUUUCGUUGAAUCAGUCUAACCCUUACGAGAAGCACUCUUCUCCUGAAGAAGCGCUUACUAAAUUUGCUAAGUUAAUAGAAAAGGUGAAAGCUUCUCAAAAUGAGAUUUCUGGAGUUAAAACUACUCAUGAAAAUAGUGACAUUGAAGCAUCAGAAGAUUCAAAAAUGGAGGAAUCAACAGAGUCGUUUGCAACUAUGUUUAGAAAAUCCAAGUUCGUAGCAUUAGGAGAACAUAAAGGCAGAUUAGUUGAAGGGACUAUUAUUGAAACUAUGGGAACUGAUUUGUAUAUUGAUUUCGGAGGGAAGUUUCAUUGUGUCUGUCCUCGCCCAAAUACUCCAAACAGUGAAAUAAACUACCGCAGGGGCGCUCAAGUCUUACUUCAACUACAGUGCAUGGAAAUGAGUUCUGCAUUUUUGGGCUCUGACAUUCAUGUGACACUUCUAGAGGCAGAUGCCACGUUGUUGGGGCUUAAAAGAAAGAACAGAGCAAAUCCAACAUAGCCGAGAACAUGUGUAGAGAAUUACAGUUGAAAUGUGGACAUGAGUUUCAUACUUUGAAUGUGAAUAAUUCAUCAAUAUCUGGUAUAAAUCAAUAAACACUGUAUGCAGGAAACUUAGUAUGUGAUACUAAAAUUAUAUCAUUUGUUAAAUGAAAUGCUAUUGUCUUAUUUUCCAUUAGUUAUAGAUGUGCACAUAGAUUUGUGAUUGAUUAAAAUAUUUUUAUGAAUAUAUG